AUGUGUCUUGCUACAAGAAGAUGGUUCUAUCUACAGCUGGGCUGCAUGAUGCUGAUCAAUCUGGUGAAUGCUGACUUUGAGUUUCAAAAAGGAGUGCUUGCCAGCAUCAGCCCAGGAAUCACCGAAGACAUUGAUCUCCAGUGCUGGAAAGCUUGCUCUUUGACAUUGAUAGAUCUCAAGGAACUCAAGAUAGAGCACAAUGUGGAUGCUUUUUGGAAUUUCAUGUUGUUCUUGCAAAAAUCUCAGCGGCCUGGACAUUAUAAUGUCUUCUUAAACAUAGCUCAGGAUUUCUGGGACAUGUAUGUAGACUGCUUGCUUUCAAGAUCUCAUGGAAUGGGCAGAAGACAGGCGAUGCCCCCCAAAUAUAAUUUUCCACAGAAAAUAACAGGAGGUAAUUUAAAUGUGUAUUUAAGAGAAUAG